AUGAAGAAGAGGAAGAAAAAUAUUCCUCGAAAGAGAACGAAAGAAGACCCAUCGGAACCGAUGGUCGUGCAAAGAGACGAAGAGAGAAGAGGAGGGAUGAUGAUGAGGAAAAUGUUGAGCAGCAGAGGAAAUGUUGAUUUUGAUGACGACGACCAACAGGAGGAAGAAAUGUUUGUUGAAGAUGAUGAAGAAGAAGAAGAAGAAGAAGAAGAAGACAAAGAAGAAGACAAAGAAGCGGAGGAGGAAGAUAAUAAGAACAACGAGUAUAAUAAUAACGUCGUCGCUUCUUCUUCGUCGUGUUAUUUCAAAGCGAAAAAUAUAAACAUAAAUCGAAUGUUGAAAGCGUGCAAGCCAAACAACGCGAACGCUCCGGAAUUUUUAGGAAACCUUUCGCACCUGUUGCGACCGACUUUACGACCGUAUCAGAAGAGAGCGGUGGGUUGGAUGAUGGGGAGAGAGAGAGCGCCGAACGCGCCAGUUGGGUGGGAGAAUGGGAAAACUCAACACGCGGAUGUUGAGAAGUUGGUGACGUUUAAAAGAGAGGAACAGUUGAGCGCGUUGCGCGAGAUGUUUAAGACGACGACGACGACGACGGCAAAAAUGACGUUAAUAGAGGCAAAUGUGGUGAAAAAGAAACACGAGGAAAUAAACUUGUGGAUGGAAAAUGUGUCGAAGUCGAUGGCAAUGGAAGACGACGGCGUUCGCGGAGGCGUGUUAGCGGAAGAAAUGGGAUUAGGUAAAACUGUCGAACUUUUGAUGUUGUGUUUGGCGCACAAGAAACCAAAAGACGAGAAAGAUGAGGAGAAGGAGGAGGAAAAGGAGGAAGGAAAAGAAGAAGAAGACAAAGUGAUUACGAAUCGAGACGGUAUGGGCUUCACGACAAAGCUAGAAAAAGAGGAAAAAGAAGAAGAAAACGAAGAAAUGCAGCAAGUGCGAUGCGUCUGCGGUGCAAUGGAAGACGAUCCAGAGUAUAAAGGUCUUUGGGUAUCGUGCGAAGUUUGUCACAAAUGGUCGCACGCGUAUUGCGUCGGCAUUAAGCAAAACUGCACAGAGGCGCCGGACUUCAUAUGUCCGCAUUGCCACGCCGCGAAAGCGGGGGAGAAAAUCCCGGGCAUUUCAAAAACGACGCUCAUCGUCGUUCCGUCGACGAUUUUGCAACAAUGGCGAGACGAGGUUUUAAAGCACGUCCGUAGAAACGACGACGAUGGAAAGACCGACAAUAAAGACAAUAAGUUUGAUAUUUUGGUAUACGAAGGACAGCCGCAAACCGCGAGCUUGGGAUCCAGAGCCGUACACGCGAAGGAAGUCAUUACCUCGCAUAAGCUAGCCGAAUGCGAUAUUGUUAUCACUACGUACGAUGUGUUGCGAGCUGAAAUCAAUCUAGAUUACGCGACAAACGCGGAUGUGAACGAUGGCGCACUGCGCGCUCGAAGGAAUGCAACUCGAAGAUACCCUCACAUUCCCCCGCCUUUGACAAAGAUAACGUGGUGGCGCGUUAUUAUGGACGAAGCACAGAUGGUGGGCGGAGGCGCCUCGGCGCCGUCGCAGAUGAUGGAGAGAAUUCCCGCGGUGAAUCGUUGGUGCGUGACUGGGACGCCGCUAUCAUCUGAAAAGUCGCACAUGGACGACGCGUUCGGAUUGUUCAAAUUCUUAAGGGCGCGUCCAUUCGGCCACGAGAUGAACUUUACAACAUCGCAUAACUGGUGGCAGAAAAUAAUCAGCGCGGCUAUGAAAACAGGGUACGCGGGAUACGGCGAGUUUGUGCUCACCGAGAGCCUAAAACCAAUAAUGUGGCGCAACGCUAGAGAGGACGUUAUAGACGAACUCGAUUUACCGCCGCAAAAUGAGUGCGUCACCGAAUUAGAGUUUUCGCCCAUCGAAAAACAUUUCUACGAAAAGCAGCACAAAAACUGCGCCGCAGAAGCGCGAAACACUUACGAUCGAGUGAAGCGAUCGAGAAAUGCUACUAAUAACAACGAUGACAUAGAGUUAUCGAGGCAAGACGUGACUUCUAUCGUGCUGCCUCUGCUGAGAUUGAGGCAAGCUUGCGAUCACCCGCAGGUUGGUUCGUACGGCAUCAGUAAGUGGAGGCGUCUGAAAAAUAUCGCGGCGGAACUUGUGGUCGACGGCGAUCAAUCAAAAAAAGCCGAGGAGAAACAAAAGAGCAAAGUUCUUUCCAUGGAAGAAAUCCACGACAGGUUGGUCGACAAAGCGCGACUUGAAGCAGAGGAAGCGCAAAGACUCGUCGCGUUUUCAAUCAACGCCAUCGCUGGAUUAAAAUGGACGCAAAACGAUCUCGCGAGUGUCAUUGAAUGUUAUCGCGAAGUUUUACGCCUCGAUGCAAACGCAAACAUCAACGGCGUUCGUCUCGAUAGUUUCCAAAGAUUACACGCUUUGCACAAUUUAGCCGAAGCUUUGCAAGUGGUGGAUAAAAACAAAGACAUUCGAAUACCUAGAACGCUUAGAGAUGAGAAAUUACUCAGCGACGCCGAAACGGAAAAGAUUUCGUAUUUAGCCGAGCGAGUUGGGGGAAACGUAUCCAUCGCCGCGAACGAUUUCGAAAAGUCGCGGAAAAUUAUCGACAAGAAAAUGAAAAGUCUCGGUCGAAAUGAAUUUUGGUGGAUGGAAGCCUUGUCGUAUACGACCGACGCUUUCGUAGGCAAACUGCUCGAGCAGUUUGAUAACCGUUGGCAAAGUAGCAAAGCAGAUUGGAACACCGGCGCGGCUCUGAAAAUGGUCAUGCAAAGAGACAUAGAUCGCCUAUUCGAGUGUCGCAACGAAGCCGUCGCGGAUGCUGAUCGAGUAACGAAAAUCGUAGAAGCCGCGGAUAGACAAGACGUGGUUGAAUUUGCCUCGUGCUCGGUGUGCAGAAAAGGCAUGGAAUUCGCGGUCGUUGGCGUGAAAUGCGCGGUGUGUAAAUGCGAUGCAAAUUUCAAUAAAUUACAAAGCGUUUUGUUUGGUGUCGGUAGAGAUGCGACGAGAAACGGUAAAGCGAAAGUAAAAUCGUCCACGAGAAACGUCAAAGAUGAGGACAGGCGCAUUUAUUACGACGUUACUGCGCCGUCGUGCGCGGAAAAAACUUUGAAAGCGCUGAAAAGCGAAGUCAAAGGAGCACUCGAAGUGCAAUCCUACGCGAAAACGCACAUCGAAGUCAUCGAAGAGAUUCGUAAAGAGUUCACGAAAAUACGCGCGCUGAUGCACUACCAACGCGAAAAGAUGUACGCACUCGAUGAGUUGAGCAUGUCAACGACGCGUAUUCGAUUACGCACGCCCAACGAAAUGGUUCGAAUUGACGGACAAGACCAAUUGCCGGAGUAUUUGCGCGCGUCGAUCGUGUAUCCAGUCGAGGUACCCACCUUGCUCAAACAACACGGCGACGAGAAAGUCACGCACGAAUUUGAAAUGAAACAAACGUUCGGUCAACUGCGAUAUUUGCAAACGCUGAAACAGAAGAACAAAAACGAGCGUAAGAAAUUUGAUUGCCCGUUGUGUUUAGAGACGUUCGACGAGACGAAAUCGAAGAAUGCCGUCAUUCCCAAGAGCGCGCUGAGAAAAAUGAAAGCUGGAGAUGACGACGACGAGGACGAGGACGAAGAGGACGAAGAUAUUAAUUUACACGGCGCUGAACUUGCAAUCUUACCGUGCGGUCACGAAUUAUGCGUCAAAUGUUCGUUUGCGUAUUACGGGCGACCAUCCAAUAUGGUUUCAAAGAAGAAACAGUUCUUACACUCGUUAUCGCCGCUCCCGGAGCGACACAAUAAUAACAACGACAACAAGCGCGGGAAAUGUCCAACCUGCCGCCAAGAGUGCGCGACCAAAGAAAUUUCAUACGUCACGUGGAAGUCGCAGGAUAAGGACGUUCGCGAUAACGUCGAAGAGGCGCAAAAGAAGCGAGAAGAGAGAUUGCGGAAGAAAGCGGAAGAGAGUUUACACCUUUCGCGAAUCGGCGCGGACGUUUCGAAAAUGCUCGAAACUUUAGGAGCGCCGGAAACGCACGCGAGAGAUGAAAGCGGUAUCAAAAUUGAAGGCGCAUGGGGUACGAAAAUCGAUGCGGUGGUUCGUCGCGUGAAACAUCUGUCGAAGUUUGAUACGAACUUGAAGGUUUUAAUCUUCAGCGAAUGGGAAGAUGUUUUGAUGAUUGUUGACCACGCGCUGAAAAUGAACGGCGUGAAUUCCAUCGUUCCGACAUCCGCUGCGAGUUCGUCACUCAAAACGAAACGUGCCGGGAGUAGAUUUGCGGUUUGUGUCAAGGAAUUCGUCGACAGCGACUCGCAUUCGGUCAGUUGUUUGCUGUUGCCGUUGAAAAGAGCUGGAGCAGGACUCAAUUUGACGUGCGCCAACCACGUGAUUUUGCUCGAGCCGUCGCUCGAUAUUUCCGCCGAGUCGCAAGCGAUUAAAAGAAUUGACAGAAUCGGACAAACGAAGUCAACCAUCAUACAUCGGUUCGUAUUAAAAGAUUCGAUUGAAAAGAACGUCAUGAAAGUCAUCGAGAAUCGCCGCAGUGAAGGAACAGUUUUACCCGUGGACAGUAAAGAGGCGAGUAAAUUGACCGCGCGAGACAUCGAAGAGUUGUUGAAACAACAACAGUAA